ACGUUUGCCCUUCAAGCACUGAGCUGCGCGCAAGCGACACGCGUAAAAAAGUUGGUCAGAGAAGGAGGGAUAUUUUUAGUUAUGUGUGAUUUUGUAAUCUCGUGCCUAGGUAGUCCGAGUAACGCCCUCUACCAGUCACUCUCACACAAGCAUUAUUUAUCAUCUGUGAUCGGUGAGGUUUCCACAGUCACACACACUACUAAGUAACUGCUCCUUUCUUUGCAUUUUUCUCGCCCACCUCCUCCUGUUUUUUUCCAUCAUGCUGUUGCUUCUGAUUUCUUCACUAAAAAGGAUUUAUAAAAACGUUUGCUGAAAAAGAUAGUGAAACAGGAAACUGACUACUUUAGACAAGCAAGCUGGAUUUUAUCUGGUUUCCCGAUUUUGCAUGGUUAGGUAAAUAAUGACAGAAUAUAAGCUCGUUGUGGUUGGAGCUGGUGGUGUUGGGAAGAGUGCCUUGACCAUACAGCUUAUUCAAAACCAUUUUGUGGAUGAAUAUGACCCAACAAUAGAGGACUCCUACAGAAAACAAGUAGUCAUUGAUGGGGAGACAUGUUUGUUGGAUAUUCUCGACACUGCAGGUCAAGAGGAAUACAGUGCAAUGAGAGAUCAGUAUAUGCGUACAGGGGAGGGUUUUCUUUGCGUUUUUGCUAUUAAUAAUACAAAGUCAUUUGAAGACAUACAUCAUUAUAGAGAACAAAUAAAACGAGUGAAAGAUUCAGAAGAUGUCCCAAUGGUUCUGGUAGGAAACAAAUGUGAUCUUCCCUCUCGAACUGUGGACACUAAGCAAGCUCAGGACCUAGCCAGAAGUUACGCAAUUCCCUUUAUAGAAACAUCUGCCAAAACCAGACAAAGAGUGGAGGAUGCCUUUUAUACUCUGGUACGGGAGAUACGUCAGUACCGGCUGAAAAAGUUCAGCAAGGAAGAAAAGACUCCACGCUGUGUGAAGCUAAAAAAGUGUGUUGUUAUGGGAGUGGAUGAUGCCUUUUAUACAUUAGUAAGAGAAAUUCGAAAACACAAAGAGAAGAUGAGCAAAGAUGGGAAGAAGAAAAAGAAAAAAUCCAAGCCAAGAUGUAUACUUAUGUGAAGAAUUGUUCACUUAAGCAAAUGGGAAAGGAAAAAAAAAAUACAUAACUGAAAGUGAUGUUUUUGUUUUGUACAUUACACUAAAUUAUUAGCCUUGGUUUCUAGUAGCACCCACAUAUUUACCUUAAUGAAAUUGUAGUGAUAGAUGGAUUGCUUGUUGUUGUUUUGUUUUGUUUCGCUGUUUUUGGUUUAAUACAUAAGCUUUAUUUCUCUUAAAGUGCCAGUAUUUUUAAAUGUUGGUCUUUUAAUCUUUUCAUACCUGUUGUAGCGUCCAGACUCAUAAGGCAGGAAUCUUUCUGGGUCUGCUGAUCUCUGUACUCCUGGUAGACUUAAGUUCAUAAUUUUUCCCAAAUAUGGCAUAGAAGUUGAAACGUUGAUUUCUGGGAGCUAAUUCUACAUGUGGAUCAUUAUACAAAUAAAUGUCGUAUUUACACAGUGUAGAUUGCAAGCCUAAGACUGGUAACUCACUUUUCUCUCUUUUUAUUGGAGACCUUAACGACACAAAAAAAAAUGUUACAUUAUUGUGUGCAUCUGAUCAGGACUCUUAUAAAUAUGCAUUAUCAGGCUGGAUGGGUUGACUUUACAUAACAUGUAAACUCGCCUUUAAGGUGGUUUUAUUUUAUUUUUUAUUUACUCUAUUAAAACGUUUCCUACAUAUUAUAGUUGAUUUUCUGUGUUGAAAGGUAACAGGCUGGGAAAAUUAAAAAGCAGAUUAACAUAAACACACUAGCUGCAAUCCUCUAUGCAAAAAACAGGCCUGUGGUUGUAUGAAAAUGCCUUAUUUCAUCAAUGAAGUAAACAAUUGAAUUUUAAAAUUAUAUACGUAAAAUCAGGGCUUUGGCUUGGUACAUUUCUUCCAUCGAAUGGGGUCUUGUUUCAGACUGUGCUGUCAGUUGUGGUAUUGUGAGAGUACGUUAUUAAUAAAUGUGUGGUAUGUCUGAGUGGCUGAGAAGUUUAUUGUAGCAGAACUACUACAGAAAUUUACUUUAUAAAUGUUAUUUUGUUUCUUUACAUCAGACACCACAAAAACAGAUUUGGCACCAAAAUAUAGUUUUAUUGUUAAUAUUUUUUCAUAAAUCUCACAGCAUCAUGUGUCACUAAUGUGUGUAAAUAUAUGCUAGCAUGGUUGAAAUAAUUCUUGUCUUGUUUGGGUUAUGUCUGAGGUUUGGCAAAUGGAUUUUUUUUAAAUAGUUGUGUAUAAAUCUCUGUAUAAAGUUAUUUUUUUUAACAUGCUAUAUGACUUUGGAAAAGAUGCCUUCUUGGCAAAUAUUGUUCCAGUCUUUAAGUUUCUAGAUUCUUGUUUUUAUUUAUGAUCAUAAUAAUAGUUUUAAGAAAUGAAAUUUUUUUAUCAUUGUGCAUGGCAAUAUUUCUUAUUAAACUGACCUCCCAUGUGGAAACAUUUCACUUAAUUUUUAUGUAACUGGUAUUAAGUAUAUAAUGGAAAAUUAGACUAUGAAUUCUGUUAUUUUGUAAAUGCUUAAGAUUGUCAGACUUUAUAAAAAAAAAAAAAAAAAAUUGGUGCUUCCAGAUGUCUGGUACAGAGUGUCAGAACAAAAUACCAAUACCAUGUGCAAAAUUAAGGGGCAUUACGUUUUUGUGGCCUUUAUUUCUAAAGGACAUGAGGAAAAUGCAUCUGCAGCUGAUUUUGUUGCCUGUCAGCUAUGUGUUAAGAAUGAUUUGACUGUAUUACUCUAAAGCGUUCACUCUAAUGUUAUUUGGAGUACAACAUUUAAAUAGGUAGCAGAAAAUUGUUCUUCAGCACAUUUGUUUGUGGAAUAGACAGUGAGGAAUGCAGUAGGUGUCAUAGGGAAUGAAACUGAAAGCUCUGUGGUGUGGUUUGCGUAUCGGUGUUUGUAUAACAGUGUACCUAGUUUUUGGAAAUGUUUUACAUGUGGAAACUUAACCUGGAACAUUGAUGGAAUACCGGAAGACUGGUUCUUUCAUAUAUAUGGUAAAAGCAAAAUGUCAGAAUUCAUAGCACACUGUUCUCCAUGACAUGAAUUUGUUCCCUGUCUUAGAGUGCCAACUUCUAUGAUUUUUUUUUUUCUUUUUAAAUGUAUACCUAGAAUGUGUUUUAACAUAAUUUGUAUAGUUGUAAUACUUACAAGUGCAUAUUUUGUACAUUGUGCUUCUUGUUUUUAUGAACCAUUGUUGAUCUGGUUUUGGUUCUAUUCUCUGUGCUAGCCUUGCACAUCAUUCUUAACAAGUAAUAUGAAAAUAAUGACCACUGUUUAUAACAUAAUAAUGGAAAUGUUUUAUAGGAGUACAUACUGUGUGGUGAUCUCAAAUAAGUCGCUAUAUUUUUGUCUUGAAUUUCACCACUCCUAUUUAAUGUAUAAUAAAAACAUCAGAGGUUAUCAUGA